AGACACUGCUUUAAGACGAAGACAUCAUGGAUAAAUAUGAAAUCAUUAAAGAAAUUGGAGAGGGAUCUUUUGGCAAAAUAUUCUUGGCAAAAGGAAAAGUGGAUAAUGAGCAGUGUGUUAUCAAAGAGAUUGAUUUAACUAAGAUGCCUAUGAAAGAAAAAGAAGCCUCUCAGGAAGAAGUCAUUCUUCUGGCCAAGAUGAAGCAUGCAAAUAUUGUAACCUUCUAUGCUUCAAUGCAAGAAAAGAGCAAGCUAUAUAUUGUGAUGGAAUACUGUGAUGGUGGAGAUUUAAUGCAGCGGAUAAAUAUGCAGCAUGGAGUACUGUUUCAUGAAGACCAGAUUCUGAGUUGGUUUGUACAGAUCUCCUUGGGCUUGAAGCAUAUUCACGACAAGAAGAUCUUACAUAGAGAUGUAAAAGCACAGAACAUUUUUCUUAGCAAUAAUGGAGAGGUAGCAAAGCUUGGAGACUUUGGCAUAGCAAGACAGUUGAACAGCACUAUGGAGUUUGCCCAUACCUGUGUAGGGACCCCAUAUUAUCUGUCACCUGAGAUUUGUGAAAAUCGACCAUAUAACAAUAAAACAGAUAUUUGGUCUCUUGGCUGUGUGCUUUAUGAGCUAUGUGCACUAAAGCAUCCUUUUGAGGGCAAUAGUUUGCACCAGCUGGUGCUGAAGAUCUGCAGAGGACGUUUUCACCCAGUGUCUCCAAACUAUUCGUAUGAUCUGAGAAUAUUAAUUUCCCAGCUGUUUAAAAUAUCUCCAAGAGAUCGACCAUCUAUCAAUUCUAUUCUAAGGAAGCCCUUCUUGCAGAAGCUCGUUCUCAGGUAUUUGCCCCCUGAGGAAGAACUCAUUCACACUGUGAUACAUAGAAAAAGGCCUUCAGCAUCAGAGUCUGGAGCCAAGCUGAUACAAGCAUAUAAACUUCAAAAAAGGAGAGUCCAGGACCAAGUUUCUCUAGAAUCUGGAAUGGUGGUGCCUGUCAAGAAACAGGAAUUAUUUCAAAGAAAUGAGUGGAAACCUCCUUCAAGAGGACAACAGCCUAUUUUUCAGCCACAGACCUCCGGAUUUAAGAUGGCAGAAAGGCCAGGAAGUAUUAGAGUGCAUGGCCGUUACGGUCAUUACUAUGAUAAGCUAGACAACUUGCAGAGGAAGGCCAAUGCACAUUAUGAUCUUUCUCAUAUCAGCCAAAGAGUUGAGGAAUACUAUAGACUAAAAGGACAAGUUGCACCUCCACCCCCACCACCUGACUGUUCUGCAGAAUACCUUCAAAGGUGUUUUGAAGCCCAACAGUACAAGAUUAAAGUGGAAAAACAGCUGGGACUGCGACCAUCCUCUGCUGACCCAUAUCACAACCAAAUACAGCAGCAGAAAAUAAAGGAAGAGCAUCUCAAAAACUAUCAGCAGGACAUGGCUAGAAAGAAUGAAAUGAAAGAACAGGAGUACCUGAAACAAUUGCAGAAGAUUCGGGAAGAAUACCACAGCAAUAUAAAAGAAUUGAGAUUUAGAGCAGGAGUACUCCAGGAGAAUAAAAAAAUACAAGAUAAAACCUAUCUUGUGGGGCAAGGGAAAGCUGAGGACCAGUCUGAAUUCAAGGAUACAGCUGGAACAGGAGAAGAAUCACUUCAGGACAUGGAAGAAAACUUUAAACAAGUCAGACUCCAGGACAGGCAAGACCAAAGAACCUUAGAAAAGAAACAUACCACAAAGGGAGGAGUAAAAUUUGAAAUUAAUUUAGAUGUAAGUGUUCCUGAGGAAGACAGCACUCAAGAAACAGAG